CUAAUUAUAUCCCGUCAUCCUCCAGUAAAGAUGUCGCUGUCGUGAAGGUACACAAAUGUGAAGUUUCAAACAGAAUACCCACCGCAAUUACCAGUAUUAUGGAACAUGCCCACUCAAACUGGAAAGACGGCUACUGCAGUAAGACCCAAGACAGCCACACAAAGAGAAAAAAGUGUAAAAACCACAACAUCCACGGCAAAGACAUCGAAAGUCACAGAUAAAACAUCAGUUUCUGCUAAGAAAUUAGAACCUAAUGGGGAAGUUGUAAAAGGCACAGAAGGGAUAAAUCCCAGCAAAACCCAGCAUGUAAGAGAUGACAGCACACAGGUUACAGGGGACAUUAAUAAGGAAGAUGCUACCCAGGUGCAAGAAGGGGGCAUUGCAAGAAAGAAGCCCCCUGUUCAACCCCCUAAAGCCACAGAAUUCUUCAAGCUAAUUCAUGAAGGGAACCACAGGAAACUUAAGAUAUUAUUGAGGAAAAGAGAUGUUGAUGUCAACUGGGUGGAUAAAAAUGAUCCCCUGCAACCACCAGGGAUUCUACUUGCUUGUGAAAAAAACAACCUUGAGGUAGCUAAAGUACUUUUACAGCCAGGAAAUAAAAUGAUACCUGAUGUCAAUCUGGAAGAUAAGAAAGGCAAAAGGGCUGUUUGGUGGGCUGCAAUGCAUGGUAAUGCAGAGCUUGUUGACCAGCUGCUGAUUCAUGACUGUGAUGUUGAUAUUCUGGAUAAAGAGUCAGGCACCACACCCCUUUACAGGGCCAUCCUGAGUAAUUCUGCCAAGGUCUGUCAGCUGCUGAUCCAUGCUGGGGCCAAUGUGAACUUGAGGAUACUGGGGUUUAAUGUGGGUGGGGAAUCACCACUCAUGAAAUGUGUUCAGUUAGACAACAAGGAAAUCUGUGAAGUCUUAAUCAAUUCCCUGUGUAAUCUUAAUGCCAAGACAGACACCAGGUACAACGCUCUUCAUUACGCAGUGGCCUACAGAAGGUACGACAUUGCCGAACUUCUUCUGACCAACCGUAUACAUAUGCAUACAGCAUCAGUGGAAGGUGUAACGCCAAUGACUAUAGCAGUAGAUCAACACAAUGCAGCAAUGUGCCGCAUACUUGUUGAAUUUGGCUAUAAUAUGCAGAAGAAGUACAAAUGGGGUGAGACACCCCUGCAGCAUGCUAUCAAAAUCCACAGCGAGAACUGUGCAAUAACUCUAGUCCACAUGGGUUGCAAACUGAAACGUCCUAAGGAAGAGAACUCCUAUUUCUACUUGGCUGCCUCUGAGGGACUUUUCCAGCUGAUGAAGUUGUUGCUAGAAAUCAAUCCAUACUAUAUAUACGAAAAGUGGAUCUUGGAGCGCAACCUACCCCUUUCUCUGUACCAGAAGCCAGAACUGUUUGAAUGGUUAUUUGCCAAAUCUAGUCAGCCUGCGUCCCUCUCUGCCCUGUGUCGUUCUGUUAUACGAGUAGCCAUUGGGCCAUAUCCCUCCACUCAGGUCCUAGACCUCCCACUGCCAAAGAAGCUGCAAGAAUACCUGGCCCUCAAUGAGUAUGUCAAUGAGGAGAUGUAUAAGAAAAUUCCUUUAACAAAGAAGGAAUGCCCAUUUGAUUGUCCUAGCUAUUGUCCAGUUACUGCCCGGAAGUGUCCGUUUUUGGAUAUUGAGGGUAUAGAUUAUGUGGACUCAGAUGAGGAGGAGGAGGAAGAAAGCUGUGCAGGGCAUGGGACAAAAGAUGGGCACCUGGAGUCACCCAAAGUGAAAUCAAUUAUUAAUAGUAAAGAGAAGGAUGCUUUGAAAAGGGGAGGGACUCCUCGUAGGGUGUCUUUUAAAACAUUGAGCGCCAUGAGCCUGCAGCAGCAUUUAAACACUGCUGUAAAAACUGGCAGUGUGGCUAUGGUGGAGAGACUGAUAGUCAAAGGAGCAGAUAUUGACCACGGGUUUGGGAUGCAAGGACCGCCUCUGUGUGCCGCCAUCAAUGCCAACCAGUCCCAGGUUGUGCAGGUCCUCAUCCAAGCCAAAUGCAACUUGAAUGUCCAGGAUUAUGAUGGGGAGAGCCCUCUGUGUUUAGCCUUGAGAAAAGGCUUUGUUGACAUUGCAAAAAUGUUAAUUCAAGGAGGAUGUCGAGUGAACAGGGAGGACCCAAUCUCCUUAAAACCACCCAUUAUUAUUGCCACAGAGAAAGAACUUAUCGAUAUAGUACAGCUGUUGGUCACCACACCAGACUGUGAUGUCAAUAAGAAGGACAAGACAGGCAGCAUGGCCCUCCAUUAUUCUGUGACUCAAAAUAGCACAGAAAUCUCCAAACUGCUCAUCUCCUCAGGGAGAUGCCGCGUGAAUAUAUGUAACCAGACUGAGGGGGAGAACCCACUGCAUAUUGCCUGUAGGCUGGGACAUAAAGAGGCUGUAGAACUGCUGUUGAGUACAGCAAAUGAGGGUCAUAAAAAGGAACUUCUUGAACAUCAGCAACAGCAGUUGCUUCAUUGUCAGGAAGAACCUGUACAAUCACAGCAAUCACAAAGGGAAGUACCAAAACACUCACAACAACAAAAACAGUUGCAGUUCGUAGAGACAGAAAUUGGUUCUAGUGGUUCUGGAGAUGAGACCCAUCAAAUUCUUGAUGAUCGCCUCGCUAAGUUACAGCUCAGUGAUCCCUAUACGGUAUGUGACGUGAACAGGGGAACACACUUUGGAGUUGGUCCACUGCAUUUUGCCUGCAUUCACAAUCACACUGACAUUGCAAAACUGCUGAUAGGUGCAGGAUCUGAUGUCAAUGCAAAGACCACAUCCAACAAAUGUCCUCUCCAUCACGCUGUGCAAAACGAGAACUUGGACAUUGUAGACAUGCUUCUGGAAGCUGGAGCGAAUAUCAAUGAUGUGGCAUGGUAUGGGCAAGGGCCACAGUUUAGGUUCUGGAAAACCAGCUCCAUAGAAGAGAAGGGGACUCCACUGCAUCUAGCUGUUGCCACUGAGAACCUCACCCUGGUGAGAAGACUGCUGGAGAAGGGAGCCGACUUGUCCGUGGGUAAUCAGGAUGGCCAGAGUCCAAUCAUGCUUUCUAUGACCAAAUGUAGUGGGAAGGUAGAAAUUGCAGUAUGUUUGCUUAGUGAGGCCAUCUCUCAAGGACUGAAUGUCUCUGAUAUGAAAGACCUGCAAGGAAACACCCUAGUUCAUGCUGUAUCGCAUGUUAAAAACAACCCAGGGAAACUCUUGCAAAUACUGGUAGAGAGUGGCUGUGACCUAGACAAACCAAAUAAUGAAGGCAUGCGUCCUAUACACUCUGCCAUAUACCAAAGUAAUUAUAAUGCUGUUAAGGCACUGCUAGACUGUGGUUGCUCUGUCAAUGCCACCAUCUGCGAGUCUUCCUUUGAGCUCCAAAGACUCAGUCCCUUACAUGUGUGUGCUAUGAAUGGACUGCUUGAAGUCACAAAGCUUCUGAUAUCCUAUGGUGCUGAUAUUGAUGCUCAUUUUGACACCACAGAGGAAAGUGAUGACAGCGACCGCGAACUUGACAAUGACCCUGACAUUGAGGAUGGAAAUCAUGGUGCAAACAGUGAUGACAAUGAAGGCAAAGAAACAGAAACGUGCAGCAAUCAUCAAGAUGGCUCUGCACUAACUCUUGCCCUAGAAAACAUGAAUGUUGACAUUGUUAGGUUACUGGUGGAAGCAGGAAUGAACUUGAACCUUGAACGUUACCUCUUCAGUGAUGAUGCCUCAUUGGAGGAAUUGUUUGAUAUCUUGAACUUUGACCUUGAAUUAAAGAUGUGGAUUUUAGAGCAUCUUUACAAUCCUCUGCCUUUAAGCAUCUUGUGCAGGCGCACAAUAAGGUCACAUUUCACUCACCAUUGUCUCAGGUUUCAAACAGAAUCAUUACCGCUGCCACAGAAAUUGAAAUGUUAUUUGAGGAUUUUUCCUUUGAAACGAAAUGAUGAAAUUUCUGGAAUUUAGUUUAGAUUUACUUUCAUUGUAUACAUGGCUUUGGAUUGUUUUAAGCAGAUGUUACGAUACAGACACUGGCUUACUAGAUAUUUGCCCCUUUUUGUGGUAGUGAUGUGACAAAAUGUUUAAAGGUUGGAACAUUUCUACAUUCUCACAGAAGAACAUAAUUAUAAAGGCAGCAUCAGUUACAAAACUGAAAAACAUCGAAAACUGAUUCCAGGAUAUUUACUGUAUAUUCUGUUGCAUUUUAUCUAAAAAAUGUUACACAAAGAUUGUAGCUUCCAGAUCACUUCUGAACAGUUCAAUACCUAAAUGUCUAUAAUACU